AUGAGUGCUCCAGCGUAUUAUGAACUUUACAGAAGAAGCACUAUCGGAACUGCUCUUCUUGAUGCUUUAGACAUAUUGGUGAUUGACGGAAAAAUUGAACCGCAAUUAGCGAACAGCAUUUUGAAUAAUUUCGACAGAAUCAUAUCCGAGAAUUUGAAGGCAGAACGGGGAUACUGUAAAUCCAAAUUAACUUUCAAGGGCGAUUUGCACACUUACAGAUUUUGUGAUGACGUAUGGACGUUUAUCAUCAAGAAUGUGCAAAUUAAAAUGACAGAUGUUUCAAAUAAUGAUGGUAAUGAUAGCGACCUUUCCAUUGAGAAGUUCAAAAUUGUUGCUUGCAAUUCAAGAAAAGCUGGUGAGCCUUGA